CCGCGCGCGGGAAAAGUCGUUCCGCCAUUAAAUUUUUUUUCUGAGUUCGUAUUCGAUAUUCGAAAAUGACGAUGCUUCUAAGAAAAAUGUGGAAGACCCAUUCCAAGCAUAAAAAGUUGUGUGAGGAAUGGGCUUUAGCUGAGUGUGAGGGGGAGGGUUGGUGGCGAGAGGCUCGGGACUCAGGAGCUGGUGACUUGGACGUCAGGUAUGCAGGAGCAGCGCCCGUCGAAAGAGCUGCAUCAGCGCCUGCAACUGCACUCGCCGUCAAAUCAGCUUUAUUUUCAGCGAAAUUGUUAAACAAGAAGCUGCAGCGAGUGAACUUGGAUAUCAGUGCUAAGGGCAUCGUCGUGAGUGACGCUGAGUCACAGGAAAACGUACUAAGCGUCUCCAUUUACAGAAUCUCCUACUGUUCAGCGGACGCGGCGAAUGCUCGUGUCUUCGCGGUGGUAGAAGGAAAGCCUAUAGGAGGGUCAGCGGAGAACCACGUGGUCCAUGUGUUUGUGUGCACCAGGAGACGACAUGCGAGGGCUCUUGCACUGUCUCUCGCACACGCCUUCAAUGAUGCUUACCAGGCAUGGCAAGCAAACCUAAAUCAAGGCAGUUCACUCGGAUCAGAUGGGAAACGGCUAGCUCCUUGGGUCCGUUUUCAAGAAGAAUCCGAUGAGGAGAUCGAAAGUGAAGAUUGGGAGUCACCAGCUCCACUGGUAUCCUUCGCAUAGUUAUUUUGUAAGCGUAGAAUAAUUUUAAUUAGGUACAAUACGGAGUCCUGGUUUCUGAACUUCUAAACUUCUUCUUAAAAAGCUGGGAAACGCAUUCACCGAUUUUGCCUAGCAUAGACGAAAUUGUAAGAAAUAUUUAUCAGAUAAUAUUAUGAAUAAUAUACAACUUAAACGAAUAAUAUACAGCUGCUCAUGAGGAAGAACCCCUCUGUGGUUCGAAACUAGUAGAGCUUUUCUCUUUGGUUAGUUGCGAUGAAUACGAUGAAGUCAAAAAACUUAAGUGGCACCUUUACUGAAUCUCAGAGUUUGUUAUACGUUAAAAUUAAUCGAAACGAGUGCUGUUCGACACUCUGGUGGCUUACUCUUUAAUCCAAUUCCGAACGAUCGGUUGAUAUACUAAGAAAAGCUCUAGCUUUUCUCAGUAUAUUUACGUGACUAACCCGCGAUUUUAGUUAAUUUAGUAUGUC